AUGGAUGUGGUACUUGACUCGGUUCCAGCCAGGGUCACGGCAGAGAUGAAUAAUGGGUUGACCGCUCCCUACACACCCAAUGAGGUAAAAAAUGCUCUUUUCCAGAUGUAUCCCACAAAAGCCCCGGGGCCAGAUGGAUACCCGGCACACUUCUUCCAGAGGCAUUGGGAACUUUGUGGUACCAAAGUUACGAAUGUGGUCCUGAGGAUUCUUCGUGGGGAGGAGAGCCCCGAGCGCAGCUCCCCGCUCGGCCGCCGCCCCGCUGCAGAUCCAGCCCCACCUCUGCCCCCGCCGCCGAUUCCACCCCGCCCGGGCCUCCGCCCGCCGUCGUACAGGCGGAUCGGGCCGUCGCCGCACCGCGCCGCCCCGGACCCGUUCGCCUCCGCUUCGGCCGCCUCCACCCCGCCCCGGCCCCGUCCGCCUCAGCCCCGCCCUGCCCCCGCCGCCUCCGCCCCGCCCUCCGCCCGCCGCCAUGAGCUUUAG